CCUCCUGUUUUCCGCUCUCCUUUUCCAGAAGGCGUCGGGAUCUUCUCGGAGUUUCGCAGUUACAGAGGAAAAGCCGUAGCGCAGUAGCGAUGCCUCGUGGAAGCCGGAGUCGCACUUCCCGCGUGGCCCCUCCGGCCAGCCGGGCACCUCAGAUGAGAGCUGCGCCCAGGCCAGCUCCAGCAGCUCAGCCACCAGCACCGGCUCCACCAUCUGCUGUGGGCUCUCCUGCUGCUGCCCCCAGGCAGCCAGGUCUCAUGGCCCAGAUGGCAACCACGGCAGCUGGUGUGGCUGUGGGCUCUGCUGUCGGCCACACCAUAGGUCAUGCCAUAACUGGGGGCCUCAGUGGAGGAAGCAGUGCUGAGACCUCAAGGCCUGACAUCACUUACCAGGAGCCUCAGGGAACUCAGCCAGAAUACCAGCAGCAGCAGCAGUUUGGCCCAUGCCACUAUGAGAUGAAACAGUUUUUGGAGUGUGCACAGAACCAGAGUGACCUUAAGCUUUGUGAGGGUUUCAGCGAGGUGCUGAAACAGUGCAGAUUUGCAAAUGGAUUAGCCUAAUCGAGAAGUUCAUAUUGAAGAAAUGGAAAAUCAUCUCUCAUGAUCCAAGUUAAUUUAGUAUAAAGAUAUAAUUUAUAGUGAAAGUAUAAGAGUACCAGUUAAAUCUCUCCUAUCAUUAAUAGUUUCCUUGCCUCAGAAUUGCAGUGGAAGAGUGUUCAUACUAUAUGGAAGCUCCCUGAGAUGGUAUUGAGUUUGGGGCUGGGCAGAUGUUUGUGUGGCCUUCUUAAAUCAGCUUUUGUGAUGUUACUGUUUGUGAAUCAAUUAGAAUAAAGUGAAUUUCUUCCCAAA